AUGACCGUGGCCAUCACAUUGCCCAGUGGCUCACCCUCAGCAAAAGACACCCGGCACCAGAAAAGCGGCAUCGUGGUGGAGGGCGGCGACGGCGAUCCCGGCUGCGAGACCAAGGCGCGGCGUCACCUGCGCCGACCCGCGCGCGCCAACCCGCGCCGUCACGACCGCGGGCGGCCGCGAGAGGUGACGAGCUACUUCCAGGCGGUGACCUUGCCCGGGCAGCGACAGCAUCACCAUCGACUUCUCCUCCAAGGGGGGCCGACCCCGGACCCCGGAACCGGGUGGAAGAAGCUCUUCGGGCUCAGCUCCAGAGAUCUCAGGGAAGCUCACAGAACAUUGCGAAGCAUGGAAAUGCAGCGGGCCCAACGUGCCACGCAGCUGCCAGAGGCGCUGCGGCCGGAUUUGUCCGGCCGCUUCAUCCGAGCCAUUUUUGUAGCUUCGAACGUGCGCCAGGGGGGUCACGGUUACUACGAGACGGAGAACGAUUGGGAGAAGGCCAAGGUGCAUCUACUGCUGGAACUUGACCUUCGGCUUGUGGAGGAUUCUGAAGUACAGAAGCUAAAGCUUUGCACCAUACAGGACCUGGAAGGUGCGCCAAACGGGAUGAUUGCAUGCAGCACUUUGAGUCUGGAGAGCAAUGAGAAGGUGGUCGGUUUCACCAUGAAUGAGGUGCAGUUGCAGACAGGAAGAAUUCUCUACCAUAACAUGAAGGUCAUUCUCCAAAAUGAAGAAGGCAUUCGAUCCGAGCCGCUCUGUCGAGAAAUGUUUCCUUUGGAUUAUCCCUUUCCUGGACAUGAGAUCCUCCUGCAAAGCAAGGAAACACCUGCAGCGGAAGUCCGCGCUUUGCGCGCCUUCAGAGGGCAUGAGCGCCACCACCUAACGGGCCUCAUAUUCCAAGCUUGGAACAGCGCUGAAUGUGCCAUGGGGCAAACUCCCAUGUUCUGGUUGGACCUGUUUGUUCUAACUUGUGGCCUGUAUUACUUGGAUGUUGCCACGGAUAUUCAGCAACUGGUGCUGUUCCUUGCCGAGGAGCGAUACGAGUAUUUCGGAUUGAACUGUUUGGGAAUGGCGAUUCCAAUGAUCAGUCUUAUGAUCGAUGCGUUGAACUGGAGCGAGAGCAAAUUCGUGAGCCCCCAGUGCGAUAUCUUUAGGCGGAUCGUCCCAUCAAAGACUGCAAGGAUCAUUCUGGUGGUUGUUCUGGUGCUGGCUCAAAGCCACAUGCUGCUACUGACAUUUGCAUCAGCCUUGAUGCGCACGAAGCAUGACUUGUUGCUGGGUGCGAAGCAAGCUGAAGUGGUGGAAGCGAUUGUUUCGGCCGGCUUGCAAAGCAACUAUUGGUUUCUGAUCCUGGUGGGCAUGGAAUCUGUGUCGCCCGAAGCCUUCCAAGGUUUGAGCCUUUCGGUGAUCAUGUCCUGUGCCUCGCUAGCUUUUGGAUUUGCGAGCAGAGACAAGAUUGACGCAAAGGUGCUCAAUGUUCCUGGUAAGUUGAACUGGGGGCCCUCCUUCACAGCCCUAUUUCUCGUGAGAGCCAUGGAAGUUGCCAGCAGGUUGAUGGCCUUUAACAUGUUGCACCUGGCAACUAGGACUUGGGUAGCCUUUGGAGGACCAGUGGCUGUUGUCAUGCUUGUAGUGUUGGCUUUCUUCCUAUUUCCCGAGGCAGAGAAGUCUGACAUGUUGGCAGCUGUGAUUGGACAUCCUGGUCAGGUCUUGCUCGGGAGCCGAUCGCGACUUCCUUUGCGCUUUUCGCUGAGUAUGCACUGGUUGCUACAGCUGGCAGCAGUUGGCCUACAAGGUCUGGCGCAUACCGACCAUUGGUUGGCAGAGGCCAAAGAGGUACCGUGGGUGUUGAUCGUGACUUCACUGUCAAGCAGCCUUUUCACCAGUUUCGGCCUAUGCAUACUUGCGAAUCUCGGUGGACAUCAGAAGCAUCCUCUCUUUGAACAAGCAGCAAACGGUCAGCCCUUGACAUGUACACUGCUCGCCACGGCACUAAAUCUUCCACAAGUUCCCAUUUCCGUCCUCGCCGCAGCGGAAGAACUAUGGCUGGACCUGAAAGCACUUGCCGAUCCGGAUAUCCUGUCAAAGCUAGCAAAGGUACAAACACCACUUUGCGUAGGUGCCUCCUGCAUGAAAGAGAUCGAGUCGAAGCUGAAUCAGCAUUGGGCUCAGUUGCUACGCCUCAACGUGGUGCACGCUGAUUUCUCGGAGUGUGACGUCUUUGCAGUUGAUGAAGCCCCAGAUUGGAAGGAGUGGGAAAGCCUUUGUUGGCCUCUCAAAGUGGUUUGCUUUGAAUGGCAGAAAGUCAGCGCCGAAGCUUUGGGCAUGGUCUGUCGCUGCAAGGAACUGGAGGAAAUCGUGUUCCUGGGGUGUGGCGAGACUGAUGCAUGGGAGUAUCUACAAGAGGGAGUCCAUUGGCCCAAGCUCAGAAUCGCCAAUUUCAGUUAUUGUUUCCAAGGAGAUGGUAGUCAAGCAGGGGCUGAAGCCUUGCUACAGAGCUUGUGCGCAUGUAGCGAGCUGGAAGUGCUUGACUUUAGUUACAAUGGGUAUCCUGAAGCUGAGGAUUGGGAUAAGCUGAUGGCCACUGGCUGUUGGCCUAAACUGCAGUGGGAGAAGUGCGACUUUGGUGAUUCCGGCCCCACAGUCCUUCCCGCGCGGUCCGAAGACAUGAAAAGCGGUCCAAUGGGCGCGGACUCAAGAACUGAUGCAGCCGCAGGUCGUUCCUUGCUUUCCUUAUCCUGCCUUUCGGUCAACAAUCAGCCAAAACCUUCACCCAUGCUACCCAGAGAUCUUCUUCAUAUUUCCAUGAAGACUGAUGUCGAAGGGCUUCAAGUGGAUGAGUCACUACUGCCACGGCUGGCUGAGAAGUUGGACUUGGAAGUGCUGGAUGCGAGCUUUUGUAAUCAUUUGCCGUCUACUGCUUGGCAGUUGCAAAAUGCCGAGUGGCCUGAGCUCAAGAUGGCUUUGUUCAAACGCAGCUUCGACCGGGAAAGCCAGGGCUUGCACGGAGCCCCUGCAGUGCUGCAGAUGUUGGCGCGCUGCCAGCGCUUGGAGUUCAUCGAUCUCAGCUACUGUGGUCAGAUUGCAGCAGAGGCCUGGAAGGCGUUGCGUGCAGCACACUGGCCACAGCUGAAGGAAGCCCGUUGGAGGGAAUGUUUUGAGACAGGUGCUCCAGCUUGCGGCGGCGUAAGAAGUGUCAUCGAGCUCUUGCUUCGUUGUCAACAGUUGGAGGUGAUCGAUUUGAGCUGUUGCCAUGGAAUUUCAGCUGAGGAGUUCCAACAGCUGAGCAAAGCCUCUUGGCCAGAGCUGCGCUCAGCUGAUUUCAGCGCUUGCUUCUUCAUCAGCUCAAAAGGCCAGGCGAUGCCAAGAGUGCUGCAGAUGUUAAGCAGGUGCUGGAAGCUGAAGCAGCUGCAUUUCCAGGACUGCGAUACCCAAGAGCAGCUGCAGGAGUUGCCCAGUGGCUGCUGGCCCAGCUUGGAGAUUGACCAGUGCAGAGGCUUCGAGGUCCAUGAGGAUGACGAAGCUUCCGAACGUCUUCAGAAGCAGCUGAGGCGCCUCCGAGGAGCCAGCAGUUCCGGUGAAGUGGCCAGCAGUUCCGUGAUUUUGGUCGAUGAUCCCACGACCCGGGAAGCAGAUGAUGAAGCGAAAAACGCGCCCAUGAGACGCAAGAGGAUUCGAAGAGUCCGAAAAAAGCCAGUCGAAGGAGAGGCAGCUGGGACUGAGACUGCAGUUGAUGGGACUGAGACUGCGGGAGUUUCCAGAGCUUUUGAUCUUCAAACUGGACAGACCAUAGUUGAGGAGGCCAAGGAGCAAGGAACACCACAAGCACAGAAGAAACGGACCAACAAGAAAAGGACGGUCAAGAAGCCUCGUGUGCGAAAAAAAGGACCCCGCUUCAACCUCAUGAGUGAAGACGCUGCGAGACCUGAUAAAAGGAAGGUCCUACAAAAGGAAGGCAAUCCGACCUGCACCGGCCUAGGACGCUUUGCUGAUGCAGAGAAGAGGAACAUCACGAUGGAGCAAGCUCCUGACGCCUGCAAGUGGCUACAGAAAACUGACCUUGCAGGCAACCAGUCAAUUGCUGAAGAUUGCCGCGAAUGGUGCGAAGAAAACCUGGCUACAGGCGCAGGAUGGCCCCUCAUGGUUGCGAUGCCCGCGCUCCUUGAUGCUUCUGAAGCUGCAGCUGCCUUUAAGACCUGCUUCAAAGCCCAAACGGCCACCUUGGGCCGCCACUGGCUGCCAACUUGCUGGAGUGUUUUUGUUUGUGCCCUUGUAUAUAGACUCUGUGCUGGCCCAGUGGCAUGGGCAGAAGGUUGGGACUCCAUGCUGUGCUCAGAGGGUUCAGAACUGUUGUGCUCGGAGGAAGCCAAUACUGAGCUGCAGGUGGCCCCUGACUCCGAGGGAUAUCGCGCGUUCCCUGAGGGGAAUUGGGGCUUCCCAUUUUCGUUUUUCUAUAGGGCCACUUCAGACAUGGACGCGUCCCGAUGCAAGCUCUUGGUUUCACUCUUUACCACCCUGGCAGAACCGUUUUCUGACCUUGUGUCAAUGUUGACAUUCCUAAGAAAUGGACAACCGUUCUAUUUGGGUGUAAUGGCCUUCGGAUUCUGGCAGAGCGCGAUGUUUGCUGAUGGGGAUCUUCUGCAAUGGGAAGGCCUCGCUGAGGGCCGGAAAAGCUGGAGACGCGGAUUUGCGACGCUGGCCUUUAUAAAGCACAAACGUGAUGAAGUCUUUGAAUGCGGUCUUUCCACAGCCAUCCAGGUCUUUGCUUUGCUCACCUUGCAUCCAGCAGAAGAUGCCCAACAAAUGCUCAUGCUCGCCCUCUUCGCAGCCAUGACCUUGGCGAUCACGGGCCCGGAAGGGGCGGAGGCAUUCUGGGUGUGGGUGUGGGGCUUGCUGGAGGGAGGAAAUGUGGACCACUUCUACCAGGUGGCUGAAAAGAAGAAAUCACUGCAAGCGUGGCAAAAGUACGGACCCUGUGUUUGGGUUUUGGCAGCCAACCUAAGCAUUUUGAUGUUUUCGGUACGCUGGCAUCGUGUCGUCGGACCUGUGUUUCAUGGCGACUGGAUACGUGGCGGUUUGAUGCUUUUCCUUGUGGAAGCAUGUUUUGUGCUUUUGAGGUUGGUCAUGAUUUCUUCACGCGCCACGGGCUCAACGCCCUGCAUCCUUCUUUGGUUGAGGGUCUAUGUUCCGGCGGUUCAAAUUUGGAUGACGACCCUGCUUUGCUUCAUCUCCUUGAUGCCGGGUCUUGCGAUCGUCCCAACGCUCUUUGCCGAGCUGGGGCAAUUUGGUGGCAAUCUUCUGGCCUGCCACCAAUCUCAGGUCACCUUCGACCUUGCCAGGGAAUGUGUGAUGCCCAUCAGUGUGUUUGCAGCAGCUUUGAUCCAGUUCCUCAUGCCACUCAUGAUUGUCAUUCUGUGUGCUGCUUGGCUCCUGGGACACCCAUGGGUGCUCUAUCAGAUACUCGUUUUGCCCGACCAGCCCUUUCUUUACGAGCCCCUGGCCUGGGUGGAAUCGCACGGUGGAGAUCCUCUCACGGGGCACGCAUCAAGCAGAUGUCGCGACGUGGCACACAGUUCCUCGAAGUCUUAG